AUGGGCGUCGGCGGCGUCGCGAUCGAGGACAUGGCGCAGGGGGAGGUGAUUUUCUCGCUGCGAAUGCGAGACGACGACGACGCGCCGAUCGCGCUGACGACGACGGAGGUCGAGAACGAGCGCGGACCGCUGCGAACGCUGGCGAAGAUGGUGAACGCGACGAGGCUGACGAGUAGGUACGCUGGGGUGAUCGAGGACGAGUGGGGAUUUCCGUUGGAUUCGACGCGCGCGGCGACGCUGGCGCUGGCGCUGGCGCGGGAAGUCGAGCUGGGGGACGACGCGUACUGGCGCGCGUACGUCGAUUUGUUGCCUCGAGAGGUGGAUAGCUUGCAGAUGUGGGACGAUGACGAGCUCGAGGCGCUGCAGGGGUCGAGAUUGAUCGAAAGGGCGCGGCGAAGACGCGCGCUGGUGCGACGGGAAUACGAAGCGACGCGCGAGGCGUUGGGGGCGACGGCGCCGUCGUACGAGUCGUUUCGAUGGGCGUACGCCACCGUGCUCGCGCGCGCGUUCGUGCUUCCAGAUUUGAACUGCAUGGCGCUGUUGCCGGGAUUAGAUUUGUACAAUUCCGCGCGCGACGCGGAAAAGUGUACGGUGGAGCGACUCGGGCACGUCGAAGACGACGACGACGAAGACGACGACGAGGACGUCGCGUUCGCGAACGAGGGCGAAGCGCAAGUCACGCUUCGCGUCGGUAUCGGUGGCGCGGCGGCGGGAACGCAGCUGUUUCACGAUUACGCCGACCACACCUCGGGCGGGGCGUUGCUCGAAUUCGGUUUCGUGUACCACGGCGAACGCGAGCGAGGCUCGGGCGUGGACGCCGUCGAGACGAGUCUUGUGCGCGCGUACGACGCACUCGACGCGCGUUCGCGCGCGUUUCUCGCCGAACGCGUGUUCGGUGCGUUCAACGUGCGCACCAGCCUGACGUUUGAGCUCUCGAACGUGGGUGGCGUGUACAAACCCGCCCUUCGCGGCGCCGCGUGCGUUCCGCUCGAAAUGUGGCGCGCCGCGAGGGCGUUGGCGCUCUCGCCCGAGCGCGCGCUCCCGGCGUCGUUAGACGACGUCUUGGACGAAGACACCGAAAUUCGAGCGCGUCGCAUCAUCCUCGACGCUCUCAAAGCCGAGCGCGCGCGCUACGCCGCGACGUCGAUCGAGGAAGACGUCCGCGCGCUUCGCCUCGCGCUCGACGCCGGCGCCGCCGCGCGUCGAACCGCCGCCGCGCUCGACGUGCGCGUCGGCGAGAAAUCCCUCCUCGACGACGUCAUCACCGAUUUAGAAACGAACGCGCGACGCGCACGGCGCGGAUAG